UGUUGCCUGGCCAAAGCGAUGGCCUCGCGAAACCCUCUCUCCGAAUCGUCGAACCAACCCUGCCCUCGCCCUCGCCCUCGCCCUCGCUCGUCGUUAUAAGAAUUAGUUCAAGCUGACUCCUCAGGGAAAUGCCGAUAUCGCCCUCCACCCAACGCGAUAUCUACAGAACCAGGGAGGCCGUGAGGCUGAUUCGGCUGCGCCAUGCAAUGGACCCGACCCGGGCCACGGAUAUCCACACAGACGAGCUAAUCGAUUUCGACUGUCCGCAAGCUCAGCGUAUUUUCAAAUGGCUGUCCUCAAUGCCUUCUGAUCUCACCCAGCUUGUUGGGUCGGAAGUCCCUCCGGAGCAGACGGCUGAGCUGUGCAAAGACUACCUGAACUGGGCUUUAAGCGUUCUGAAGUGCCUCGAGAAGGAGCUUGAGCUGCACGAAACGGAAUACCGCCGUUUGGGCUUGAAGUACCACGAGACACCCCUCUACCUCCGCGAUCCCAUGACCACCCCCGCUAAUCCUCGCGCCCGUGGCCUCUCUCCAAGCGACCUACGCAUCUCUUCUGCUGUACCCGCUGUCCUGCCCAUCAACCCCGCCAUCCUCCAAUCUCUCCACUCAAUCUUCAAUUCUGACCACCCGCGGACUACCAACCACUUCUUCAGCAACUGGCGCACCGUCCAAAACGCUUUCGUCGACAUCAGCACACUCCUCAAUAUCGACUACAAUCACUUCAAGCGCCACCAGCUGAAAUCUCUGCUUAGAAGUGUCGAGCACGACAUCGAUUACGCGUCGAGAUUGCUUUCCCAAAUCGGCGCGCAGCUCGAGGGCGUAGCUCAAAACCUCGGAGAAGUCGUGGCGCGGCGGCGGAUGGGCGAGGGUGCAAAGUUGCACGACGCUUUCGGUGUCGCGGGCAGCGCGUUCAGGCGGUGGGUGGGCACCUUCCCGGAGGUUGUUGCCGGGGAGGUCGAGGUCGAGGUUGUGGAGAAGGUGAUGAGGCUGGCUGGGGCGGAGUUGAGUAUGGACUGGAGGAAUGAUUAUGUCACUUGGGAGGAUGAGGAGGAGAGGACGCACCUUGGAUUAAUUUGGGAAGCGGACAGGGAUUGUGACUGAUCACGGUACUCGGCCUCGAGGAGCUAGGAC